AUUGUUAUUGGUUUCUCUGCUUGCCACCCUCUGUUGUACUGUAGCUUAGUUUGACCCAACAUGGCUGUCUGCCUCCACCGAACAAAAACGAUGUGAAACUUGACAAGGUGACUUUUAGGUGAUGGAGUUUAAUGGCAAGCCAAUUAUCUUCUGCGAAUACGACGAUGAUUUCCUAGUAGAAGAUGGGUCCGAUGAAGAGGAUCAGCUCAGCCUAGGAGACGAUUGCAUGUUUCUACUGACCUUUUUCAUUGCUUUCGUCUUCAACUGGAUUGGAUUUUUUUUGUCCUUCUGCUCAACCAAUACCAUUGCGGGCAGAUAUGGUGCCAUCUCUGGGUUUGGCCUUUCACUUCUUAAGUGGAUCCUUAUCGUGAGGUUCUCUGACUAUUUUAUCAGCUAUUUUGAAGAAAAUGUUUGGCUCUGGUGGAUUUUCUUUGCUCUUGGAAUCUUGCUCUUCACAAGAGGCUUCAUCAAUUAUGCCAAGGUACGGAGAAGAUGGCUGCCAAGAUCGCCACCUUGAAACGAUCCAGGUUCCGUUUUAUUUACUGACGACAUUUGCUGGCCUGCAUUUCUCCCGCACUGGCAGACUCCACCGUGUUUGACAAACAAGGACUGAGGGGGUGACGCAUCUCACAAGCUGCGCGAAAAAAAAAACCCCAGCCCAAAUGCAUUGGCUUUUCCUUUACUUCUAACUUGACCUUCCAAGCGACGUGAAAAGAUUGUUUUGGAUCACCGUGCGCUCGCACUUGAAGUCUUCCAGGUUUCAAGUCCUAUCAUAGAAACCGUUGCCACUCCUAGUUCUGAAUUGUUUCCGCUCGGUUUCCACUUCUAGUUCUGGUGAGCUGAAAUUUUACCAGUCACUUGCUUGACAUUACGCAAAGAGGUAUAUUUCAACGCGAUGUGGAUGCUCUCAGCUAUAGAGGGCAGUGUUGCUUUUGGAACUCUUGAUCAUCUUUGGAGAUAAAAGGUACCAGAGAUUUGUAGGCUUGAAGUUGGAAGUGGAUUCUUGGCAAAUGCCAUUUAGUGUCCAGAUGUUUCGACUGCACGACUGAAAUUAUAGUAAACAAGACAUGAUGAAUUAUAGUUGGCUUUGGAUAUUUUUUUUUUCCGAAUGCAAAUAUUGUUUGAUAAGACUUUCAAAUAGCAUUACUCAACAAAAUCAAUAAUUAUUUUGCCGGAAAUUAAAUAGUCUUUUCACAUUUGUGAAAGGAAAUCAGUAGCAGCAAACUAUCACAGUGUGAUACUGCAUCACUAUUUCUAAAAAUAAUCCUCGAUGGUAAACAGGUAACCCUGUGUAUUUAAU